AUGAGUGAGGAGUGUGCCAAUCCCUUAUUACUGGGAUGGAUCAAAGAAUGGUUGGACCAAGCCCGCGAGCGUAACAGCAAGGGCGUGACAGUCUACAAAAAGGCCUACGAGUCGAUGAAAGCAUGUCCACUGGAAUUCCAGCACCCAUCCCAGGCCCAGCAGCUUAAUGGGCUGGGUCCCAAGCUAUGCGAUCGUCUGACGGACAAACUCAAGGCCUAUUGUGCGGAGAAUGGGCUUCCCAUGCCCGAGCCUCCUGGCAAAGCUACCAAGAGAACAUCUGACACCGGUGUUGCUGAACAACCUGCGAAAAAGCCCCGAAAAGCUAAGCCUUAUGUUCCAGCUUUGCGGUCUGGUCCUUAUGCCAUUUUACUCGCAUUGGCAACCAUAGGGGAAAAUGCAUCACAGGGAAUGGCCAAAGCCCAAUUGAUCGAUAUAGCUCAGCCGUAUUGCGACAGCUCCUUCACGGCACCUACCGACCCGACCAAAUUUUACACGGCUUGGAAUUCCAUGAAAACCCUCAUCCAGAAAGAUUUGGUCUAUGAACAUGGUCGGCCCCUUAGGAAAUACGCGCUUUCCGAGGAUGGCUGGGAGGUUGCCAAGCGUAUUCAGAAGACUCUACCUGGUUCAGAGAACUCGGCAGCCUCUGAGUCUCAGUCUCAGCCUGGCCCUGCUCCAGCCGACAAUGAUGAUUCUGAAGAGUCACCACAAUUGAACACUCUGUUUCAGCGUUCAGACGCUGGUGGACCUGUCGAGCCAAUUCCGCUUCCCCAGGGGACCUUCACCAUUGAACUUGUGCUAGAUACUCGCGAAGUCCGUACAAAAACAGACCGAGAUUAUAUCGCGAACGAACUCAUCAAACAAGGCAUCACCCCACAGGUGCGUGCCCUAGAGCUGGGCGAUGCAAUGUGGGUGGCCAAGUGUCAUGAUCCCGCUUUUCUCUCGCGCCAUGGCGAGGAAGGUGACGAAGUGAUGUUGGACUGGAUAAUUGAAAGAAAACGCUUGGACGAUCUUAUUGGAUCCAUCAAAGACGGACGGUUUCGGGAACAGAAAUUUCGUCUCCGUCGUUCAGGCAUUAAGAAUGUCAUCUACCUAAUUGAGGAAUUCUCCAUCACGCACCCGGAAACUGGGGGCGGUAGUGCACAGAAAUAUCAGGAGAUGGUUGCCUCGGCCAUUGCCUCAACGCAGGUGGUCAAUGGAUACUUUGUUAAAAAGACACGCAAUUUGGAUGACUCAAUCCGUUAUUUGGCACGAAUGACCUUGCUUCUACGGAACAUAUAUGGGGCCAUGGACUCGCCUGAUGAAGGGCUUAGCACCAAUCAUUCUGCAGACUAUUCUCCACCCUCGAAGAUUUUUGUCGUUCCUAGUCGCCAGAUAUCCUCCACGCAAUCGUACGUGACACUGUUGGACAAAUUUCGCGCUCGGGAUGAUUCUCUUACAUAUGGUGUGACAUUUUCUACCUUUUCAGCUUUAACUUCCAAGUCGGAUGUUCUCUCUCUCCGAGAUAUAUUCUUGAAGAUGCUUAUGUGCACGCGUGGUGUGACUGGUGAAAAGGCCCUGGAGAUCCAGCGGCAUUGGCAAACCCCACGAGGACUGGUGGAGGCCUAUAUGGCUCUAGAGCCUAAAGAUCGUGAUGCAAUGAUUUCAGAUAGAUUGCAAUCGUUAGUCGGGAGAAAAAAGGUUGCCAAAGCCGUGAGUAGACGGAUCGCAGAGAUUUGGGGGCAGAGCGGAUAG